AUGUGGUUAUUGGGAGCCAGGGGUUGUGCCACGCUUCGGUGGGGGGAGUGUGACACGGAGGGGGAGCCAAGUGAGGGCAAGAAUCGUAGCAGAACAUUUCAGCUGAAUGAUCACACGACCUGUGGACAACAACAACGGCACAACUCCCCACCCCCUUCCCCUUCCCACUCACCCUCCCCUUCUCACUCCCCCUCCCCUUCUCAUUCCCCCUCCCCUUCUCACUCCCCCUCCCCUUCACAGUCCCCCUCCCCUUCUCACUCCCCCUCCCCUUCACAGUCCCCCUCAGCUUCCCAGUCCCCAUCAUCUUCCCAGUCCACCUCAUCUUCCAAGGCCCCCUCAUCUUCCCUGGCCCACUCCACUUUCCAUUCCCCUUCUCACCACACCUCUCCAUCUCUUUCUGGGACCCCUUCUCCUCCUUCCCAUACCCCUUCUCCUUCAUCUUCGUCAUCCCCAUCUGAACCCCCCUCACCCUCUAUUGCCUUACAUUUCUCUCCACCCCCCUCGCCCUCGCAAUCAGACCCCCCCUCUGAAAUUGUUGCUCCAAUCCAGCCUCCUUCCCCAAUCCCUCCUCCUUCCCCAAUCCCUCCUCCUUCCCCAAUCCAGCCUCCUUCCCCAAUCCCUCCUCCUUCCCCAAUCCCUCCUCCUUCCCCAAUCCAUCCUCCUUCCCCAAUCCCUCCUCCUUCCCCAAUCCCUCCUCCUUUCACCAUCCCUCAGCCGGCUUCACCGAUCAUGCCAAGCUCACCACCCAGUGAAUGGGCACAGGAAGCCCCUGACGAACCAUCCGGGAGUCAGGAUGUUGCCGUGGAAAAUGUUGCCGUUGGAGAUCCAACAUCCUUGCAGGAUAUAGUUGGCAGUAUGAGGCGCCAUCUCCAGGCCUUGGUGGGGCUUUUGGACGCCAUGCAAAAAUUUUGUUAAUUUUAUUAUUAUAAUUUUAUAUAUUAUAAAAAAGGAUAAUAUCAGUAUUCCACUUUUAAAAAAAAAUAAACUAAUAAAUUUAAAAAC